AUGGCUGACUAUCGACAACUUCCUCCCAAGGAGCCGAGAGUUCUUUCUCCUGAGCAAAAGGUUGCCUUGGAUGUUGUUGACAAGCCCAACAAUGGAGGAAAAAGGGUGACAAAAAAGAAGGAAACAACUGAGGAGGAACAAACUAAGCCCUCCAAAUCCAUGAAGCGAAAGUCAGAAAAUGAGUCCUCCUCAAAGCCAAAGAAAAUUAAGAAAAUGGCGAAAAGAUCAACAAUUCAAACUCCUCCAAGUCUGAAUCAUCCUGAAGAUGAUGAAGAAGAUGAAGUUGCUCCGGACUCUCCACGAGGUAAUACUCCUCCUAGAUUACCUCCACAAACCGAAUCUCCACCUCACAAAAUUCCAACCCCACCUCCAUCACCGAAACCUCCAACGCCGACACCGAAAGUCCCAGUUUCGGUUGUUACCACUUCCACAACAAAAACCUCUUUACCACCACCACCAGUUUCUUAUGUUUCCAUUCCUCCAACAAACUUUACCAACUCCUAUCAUUUCCCAAUCAACCACCACGACACUCCCUGA